AUGACCUCUUCUCCGUCGUAUAUCGACUACGAGACCUUCCUAGACCCGUCCUUCUCACCCACCUCGUUUGCCCAGACGCUGGUGGCAACCACCAACAACCCGUCUGAUACUCCUCUCGACCUAUCCACCCCCCUCUCUCGUGUGCUGUUCGACAUCCAAGAAGUCGACAGCCACGUCCACACGCUCACAACCAAGUCUGCCUUACCAUUACUACGGUACACGACCGAUACCACAGCCUCAGGCCAGCGUGUACUUCUAGCCCUUGAGGCGCAGGUUCUCGCGCUCACGGAAGGGUACCAGCGGCUUGAGAAAGAUGUCGUGCGUCGAUGGGAAGGGGCCGAGGAAGUGCGCGGGGCGGCAGAGCGGUCCUGGGCGACUGUCAAGCUCGCCAGGGCGGUGUCGAGGUGUCUAAUGCUGGGCAGGCAGUUGGAAGGGCAGCUGGUGGAGAUCAGCGGGAGGGAGCGAGAGGACCACCGGGCGCUGGUAAGGGCGUCCCAGACGCUGCUGAUGCUCCGACGGAUGUUUGCCGACAAUGACGACGGAGAAGGAGAAGGGUACGGUGUCGGUCUAGACCGGGUGAGAGUUGUGAGGACGUUGAGGACGGACCUGGUGAAUCCGGCGGAGAAUAGUGUCAAGGCACGCGCCCAGCAGAUCGUCAGUCGGUUCUCACUGCCGACGGACGAGCAAGGGCGGCAGAGCAGCGGCACUGGAUCAUCAACGUCGUCAUCAACAUAUGCACAGCAGGAAGAGGCCCGGGCACGGCUGAUAUCAGCCAUGACGGCCCUCUACCUGCUCUCCCCUACACCCCAAAUACAAGCACACGUCUCAAUGUCGGCCACGGCUAAUUUCCAACCAGAGCUGCUCCUCGUGACACUAAAGUCGUUCAUCCACUCGUCCCUGACCGCCUCUCUCCAGGCACUGAUGCGAGGGCUCUCUCAGCUCCCAUCCCUGGAACGCGCACUACUGGAGGUAUCCAACCGAUGCCAGGCCCUGGUUGUGCUGGAGAGGAUACUGCAGGGUACCAGGCAACCUGUGCAUCCGUUCUACAACCACGCCACCAGUGACUACUCUUCUUCUGCGACCUUGAAAGAAAAAGAGAAGAAUGCAAAGAACAACCUACUGUACCCGCUCCUCCAGUACCUGGACACGUCGUCUCUGCCAAGCUACUUCUGGCGCUGUCUUGCGUCCGCCCUGUCGCCGCGAGUGGGAGAGCUGCUGAACCGUGGCGGGGCGGCCGCUCGGGCCCUGCGCGGGAACCGAGAGAGGCUGCGAGAUGAGAUCCGGCAGUGUGUGUUACGCGGGAGCAGCAGCACUUCCAGCAGCAGCAGGGACAGAGACAGAGACGGAGACGGAGGCCUGGUGGUGGGCAACUGGGAGCGGGAGGCGGCCGUCAUGGUUGGCGCCGUGCUGGGAAAUCGGUAG